AUGUCGGAUUGUCAUGCGCGUGGGAAGACGAUACCAGCUAAUGACAGCAGUUCUCUCGUCUGUUUACAAUGUAUACGGCCGUGGCACGGAGUUUAUGCCGAACCGCAGCCUACUGAUGGAGAUCCUACUACACUUCGCAGUUGGAAAUGUUCUCGAUGUAUUUCGCCAAGCGGCGAUAUUGAAAUCUCCCACUUUAAUGCUAUAAUGGCCCAGUUUACAAUCCUUAAUAGCGCUUUAACUGAUUGCAAAACGCAAAUUAAUAAUUUAGUAAGCGCUCAGUCACAAACAAUAAGUACAUGUGUUGCUGACAUUUCAGACUUACGCAAAGAAAAUCAAAGCCUUAAUAACAAUUUAAAGGCUUUAGAAAAUAGGGUUAUUAAACUGGAAAGCAAAAAUGUGCCAAAUACAAGUGAAAGCGUGUUUCAAGAGUCAUAUGAAAGGCUUAAAAGAUCUGAAAAUAUAAUAAUAACGGGCGUACCAGAAAGCAAUAAUACCGAAGAUGAUAUUUCUAAAGCAUCAGAGAUCUUAGAAAAUUCUAGACUUUCAUCUUGGUGCGAGGAAUACCAUAUUCUACCUGAAUCUCAAGCGGGUUUCAGACCAGGCCGCGGUUGUAUUGACAAUGUUUACACCUUGAGCUCUGUUAUUCAGUUUCACAUAAGGCAUAAAAAACGUAAGCUAUUCUCCAUCUUUGUUGACUUUAAAAGAGCAUUUGACUCAAUAAACCACGCAUUACUCUGGCAAAAAUUAUACCGUUCUGGUGUGACAUCUAGGAUCCUACAAAUCGUUAAAAAUUUAUAUCAAACUGCUUAUUUUAAAGUAAAUGCUUCAAAUGGUUUGUCUAGGUCAUUUGAUGUUACAGCUGGUGUACUACAGGGUGAAACUUUAAGCCCAUUACUUUUUUCCUUAUUUAUUGCGGAUAUUGAAACAUUCUUCUACGGAAAUGGUGCUCGAGGUGUAAGCAUUGAUUCAAAAAAUGAAAUUCUGCUACUCCUGUAUGCUGAUGACCUAGUUAUAUUAGCUGACUCUGAAGCGGAUGUUGGAAGAAAACUAAAAUUACUUGAAUCCUACACUAAAUCCAACGAUCUCACUGUUAAUACCACAAAAACAAAAAUACUCAUAUUUUCAAAAGGUGGCCACACCACAAACAACAUUAAUUUUUUUUACAACAAUAAUCCAGUGAUCUCAACCAAUGCAUACAACUAUUUGGGAGUGACAUUUACUAAAUCAUCACUUUUUCGCGAAAUGUCGUAUACAACCAUCGAUAAGGCCAAGCAAGCAGUUGGAUCAAUUCUUCCAAUUUUAACAUCUAGUAAAAUAGACUCGUGGUCACCAAGAAUCAAACUCUUUGAGUCACUGGCAUUGAGUGUGAUGUCAAACUGCGCUCCCAUUUGGGCACUUAGAUACACUGAAGCUCUCGAAAAAGUACAAACUACUAAUUUAAAAUGA